AUGGCCCAAGUUCGGGCUGAAUAUGAUUUCGAAGCGCAGCCAAAUUCUGGCGAAAUGACAAUUUCAGCCGGAGAGAUUCUAACAGUCAUCAGAGAUGUGAGUUUUGAGAGUUUUAAAAAAAAUUUAAAUUUUUUUGUUAGAACAUCGACGGCGGUUGGAUGGAAGGUCGAAAUGUUCGAGGAUCUGUAGGAUUGUUUCCCGAAUCCUAUGUUCUACCGUAUAUGGCUUCAAGGGCUCCACCAGUGAGUUUUUUGGUGAAAAGUUGA